CGUUGACUACCGGCUUCCUUAAAAUUUGCACCGCGGAGAGCUACAGCUUUCACAGAAUGACGAGGAAAACUGUCAGAUCUAUCUUAGAGCUGGGAGAUUUUUUCAAAAGCGGAGAUAGAGGAGCAAACUGCGAGACAUGGGAUCCAUUUAAUCGAAUUUUCAGGGUAUCAACGCAGUCUAGUCGAAUGACUAUACCCAAAAAGUUUGAGGAAAAACUGACUCGGUGGUUCAAGCUCCCAGGCGACAUAAAUGAUAAUCAAUCCAUCAAUAGAGCGGAAUAUCAAACCGUAGUCAGAGUAUUUGACUGCUGGACAUGCAAUCAAACCUGUUUUAAUGGUGCCAGAGCCCUUAGACCGCUCAACAAUGGCGAGACAAACUCUAUUACCUCGGAAUCCGUGGAAAUACCUCUUGGUUCCAAAGUGCGGGAAUGUGACUUCUGCACACCACUUGAUUAUACGGCUGCAGAUCAGUGGGGUCGACUGGAAAAUGCAAGUGGUUUGACAGCAUCCAAUGUUGCAAAAUAUGAUGGAUUGCAUAGUAUGGUCGUAUUCAAAGAGCAUCCACCAAGUCAUAUGGAUAAGAAAAAACUGUGGGACAUCUUGGACUUGUGUACUCAGUGGUUUGAAGUCACGCAUAAAAACAACCCACAGGCAAUCUACCCUAUCAUGAAUUGGAAUUGCCGUGCUCGAGCAGGAGCUUCACAGCACCAUGGGCACUCACACAUGUUACUAGCAGAGAACUUCCACUAUGGGCAGUGGGAGCGCUUAAAACAGGCUGCAAAACAUUAUUCAACUGAAAAUCCUGGCUGUAACUAUUUUGAUGAUCUUGUGACUGCUCACAGAAAUCUUGGACUUGCAAAGAUGUGUGGAGAAGCUUGUGUGUUUGCCCAUAUAGUACCAUUUUGUGGCUAUGAGUUCAAAGUCAUCUCUUGGAAUUUUGAUGAAAACUUCAAGCAGGCAAUCAGUGAAGCUGUGGAGGCACUUAUUAACAAGUUUGGUGCAGAAUGUUUUAACUUGUGCAUUCACUUUCCACCUCUUGAAAAGGGAAAACUCAGAAAAAGUGCAGUAGUUGAAGAGGUGAAAAACAAGAGUUUGGACACAGGUGACAUUGCAAUGCCUUUUAUGGCUCACCUUGUUGACAGAGGAGGAGUACAAAGUUCCUCAUCUGAUGUUUGUGGAAUGAGGAUAUAUGGAAGUGCCAUAGUUAAUGAGGAUCCAUUCUCAAUUGCGCAGCAGCUAGGAUGGUCGACAUGACCUGGGUUUUGUAGUUUUAUUGAUUGUACUUUUACAACAAAGAGAUUGCCUAUUUUUUUAGCUUCACUAUCUCUUCUAACAAUACUUUUGAAAAAUUUCUUCUCAUCGUCAAUUGUACUACUCAAACUUAUUAAUUAUUCAUAAAGUUAUAAGCCAAUCAGAGUGCCCCAUUUUGGUCAGGUGCAUGUAUCUUGAUACCUAAUGAAAAUCUAGAUCAAGAUUACUCUGGUUAGUUUAAAAACUGAUGAAAACACUGAUCAAGACACUUGAAUUUUAAUUGGCAACCUCAAUUACCAUAAAAUAAAUUAUUCACAACCGUACUUCGAAAAGUUAUUCACAACGUGAGCAUCAAGUGGAUUCAACACCUUGUCACCGAAUUUUUCUCCCAAAUGACACUUCAGACCACACACUAUCCUGUACACAGUUCUGGGUGGAUACCUUUCCCCUGAAUCUUUGGCAACUUCCAUUACAAACUUUGUGAGCCAUUAGUUGAGAGAUAUGGCAUCCAUAUCCUCUAUUUCACAACUAACAGGAUUAACCUUGUGUAAUUCAUAAUCUUCUAAAGUGCCGAUUUUAGAUUUCGGUGGUCUUUUGAAAAGACCACCAAAAUCUAAAAUCGGCACUUUCAUCUCCCUUUGCUGCUGCCAUUUCUGAAAUAUUUUUAAAGCCUCUUUGUUUUUGUACUUUGUAGAAGAUGGAACAGCUUGAUUGGCCAGGACUUGUUCUUGGAGUUGUUUAGCUGAACUUUUCGGCAAAGGGAAACAACUUGGUCUUCCUUUCUCCUUCUCACUUCUCAGCCAUAACCAUCAACUACAAUGAAACACUGCUAACAUGUGACAAACCGCUUUCAAAAUACAGGCAGAGACUUGCAUGAGCUAUUUACCUUUCACGCGGGGAAUACAUUAUUUUUGCAUGCUUUAUUGCAUUGUAUUUUUAAGGUGUGUUUGAGAAGUCAUGUCAAAAACUCUUGCUUUGUGUUUUAUCAGGGGUUUCAAACACCUUGAAAUAAUAAAGGCACAAGGCCUCUUGCUUUCAUCUGUUUCUCAGUGUUUGGAACCCCUGUUGAAACACUCGCACUCGUUUUUGACAUAUUAGAGUACCAAUUUGUACUGACAAGAUUCACCAUCUACUGGUAACAAUUCUCAAAGAGUUUUUUCAGCCAAGAACCAGUAAAGUGCCUCAUAAGUAGACAAGUAUAAUUUUUUGAUGCACAUCUCAGAGAACCAUUAAUUUUAUAGAUUACGAUAUCUAUAGGAUUUGGACUUUCAUACCAUAUAUUGUAUCAUUCUGAUUAAGCAACCAGCUGAUUUAAAAUAUUUUAUUUACAGCCAAUUGAGGCAAUCAAUCCUUUUAAUUAUUGUAGAUAGAAGUGUUCUCCUUGGCCUUUUGAAUAUAUUUUUGACUGUUAUCGAAGAGUCAACCAGUCACGAAUAUUUGUGCUGUGUUUACCUCAAGGAAGACCAGAGUGUAGAGGCCUUUCUACCAACACAAAGAAAUGCCUGUAUAUACCAGUGUGGGAAUUUUUAAGCUCUGUUGUGAAAUAGCUAGGUUUUGUGGUAUGUUCUUCAUGUCCACCAGAUUCUUACAUCUUUGCUUUCUGCUCAAGGACUUCUAUUGGAGUCCAAAGUGUAUAAGAGGUGGAGAUUUACUGCAUAGCCCAAAACAAUGACAUUUGGAUGCAAUGAUAAAAAAGAAAAAAGAAAAAAAAAACAGGGAUAGGGUCUCACCCUGAGUCUCUUAUGUUGAGUGUCUUCAAAAAAUUAUGAGC